AUGUCUGGUCAUCAUCAUUAUCAUCAUCGCCGUUGUUUUUCAUUAAAACGUACGAGUGAAUAUGCUCAACAUUGGUUACAUGAACGUACAUCAUCCUCAUCUCGUCGACAUCAAUCCCUCAAGCGUGAUACCUCAUCCAUUGUUGACAUAAGUCAGAAGAACUUAGGCCUGAGAAUGGCCAAAAAAAAUUAUGAUCUUCUAUUUAAAUUAUUACUGAUCGGCGACAGCGGCGUUGGCAAAACGUGCAUUUUAUUUCGAUUCUCUGAUGAUUCAUUUAAUGCAUCAUUUAUUUCCACAAUUGGCAUAGAUUUUAAAAUAAAAACAAUCGAGCUUGAUGGACGUAAAAUUAAAUUACAAAUAUGGGAUACAGCAGGACAAGAACGAUUCCAUACAAUAACUACAUCUUACUAUCGAGGAGCAACUGGUAUAAUGCUUGUUUAUGAUGUUACACAAGCACGAUCAUUUGAAAAUAUAAAUAAAUGGCUACGUAAUAUCGAUGAUCAUGCAUCCGAUGAUGUUGUUAAAAUGCUCAUUGGUAAUAAAUGCGAUAUGGACGAUAAACGUUGUAUUACACGAACACGUGGUGAUGCACUUGCACGAGAACAUGGAAUACAAUUUCUCGAAACAUCAGCGAAAAAUAAUAUUAAUAUUGAAAAAGCGUUUUUUGAAAUGGCAAGACUCAUACUUAAAAAAACUCCAGUAAAUUCAGUCGAAGGACCAUCGGGAAUAACUCCUGGUCCAUCACAAGGCAUUAAACAAUCAAAUUGUAUUAAUUGCAUGUAA